AUGGCCAAAGUUACUCAGGUACUGUUUAUGAACCUAAGGAGUGUCAUGACUUUAAUUCGAAGUCAAAUAGCAAGUGAAAGAACAGCGAGGGUCAAGGUUGUUGUGACGUUAACAUUUAUCUUUGUAAACUUAUCUUUAUGUUCCGGUGAACUGAAGUGCCGAUGUUCUCCUUGCCAUCCCAAUGCGGUGAAUGACACAUGCAUCGCCAAGUUUCAGUGCUUUACAGGACUAAGGAAGGUGGUAGAGAAUGGAGAAACAAUAGAAAUCAUAAGUAUGGGGUGCAUGUCAGAGGAGGAAAACAGCAUACUCCAGUGUAAAGGCCAUCUUGUUCCUCACCGAAUUCCCCGGACUGUGGAGUGCUGUAAUGAUGAAGAUUACUGUAAUGAAUACCUGGACCCUUUCUAUGUAGAACAUAACAACACACAGAAAGGAGUGACGGAUGGACAAGACGAUGUGAUAAACCUGACACAGUUGGUCCUGAUUGUCUCUGUAACCUGCUGUUUCCUCAUAUUUGUACUCAUCGUCUCCCUACUGUAUCUGAGACAUAAAAGGCGAGACGUGAAGAAGGAGCCAUUCAUGGGCGACCAUGAGGAACAUAGUGAUUCCUUCAUGUGUGACUCAACUAAAGGCCUGAUUGACCAGUCCUCUGGGUGUGGAUCUGGACCCCCCACUCUGGUCCAGAGGACAAUAGCCAGAAACAUACAUUUGGUUAAGAGCCUGGGUAAAGGGAGGUUUGGGGAGGUCUGGAAAGGAUACUGGAGGCAGGAAGAGGUGGCCGUCAAAAUCUUCUUCACCACAGAGGAGAGUACAUGGGCCAGAGAGACGGAGCUGUAUCAGUCCGUGUUACUGAGGCAUGAUGGGAUACUCGGUUACAUUGCAUCCGACAUAAAGGGAACUGGGUCAUGGACUCAGCUAUUCCUGAUCACAGAUUACCACGAGUACGGGUCGCUAUACGACUACCUACAGACACACGUCCUGGACGUGGAAGAUAUGCUCAAAAUGGCACACACUGCUGCCUGUGGUCUGGGUCACCUACAUUCUGAAAUAUUCGGAACAAAGGGUAAACCAGCAAUGGCCCACAGGGACAUCAAACCUAGAAAUAUUUUGGUGAAGGCAGAUGGAAGCUGUUGUAUAGCUGACCUAGGACUGGCUGUUAGAUAUAUCAGUGAGUCCAAUGAGGUUGACCUGCCUUCAUCCUCCAGACAAGGAACCAAGCGUUACAUGGCACCCGAAUUACUGGACAACUCGGUCCGCAGAGAGCACUUUGAUGCCUACAAACAAGGAGAUAUUUAUGCCUUUGGAUUGGUGUUAUGGGAAAUAGCAAGAAGAUGCAUAUCUAAUGGUAUAGCUGAUGAUUAUCAGCCCCCGUAUUUUGAGACUAUUCCUGCCGACUGUGACCCUAGUUAUGAGGAACUGAAGAAAGUUGUGUGUGUGGAAAAAAUGAGGCCAGGAUUUCCCAAUAGAUGGUCCUCUAAUGAGUAUUUAAAGAUGAUGGCCCGCUUGAUGAGGGAGUGCUGGAGUCACAACCCAGGGGCGAGGCUGACUGCCCUGCGCGUGAAAAAGACACUGGGAGGGAUGAUCCUCCAGCUGAACAAAAGUGUCAAGUUAGACGAGGCGGAAAAAAUCACAGAAGUUACAAACAUGAUCAAAAAUAGUGAGUGAUGUUGGCAUCAAGAAAUAAGAACGUCCAUGGUUGUCAAGGUGAUCUGAUGCUGAUAAAGCAACCCUUGUUUGCCGGAGAAAAAAAGGCAACAUUCUACAAGUGUACGGUGCCCUUUGUUGAAAUCCAUUGAAAAAAGGGAUGAAUUUUCUGUGCCAUUUAUUUGUAAGUGCAGAAGCUAAUGCAGCAGUUAUCCGGUUUUGAAUUGUUGUGAGCAAAUAUAAUUUGCUGUUUGUUUGUUUUGGCAGUCUCUUUCAUUUUAGAACAGCUUUGUGACAUUUAAGUUACACCAUAUUGAUUGACUUCUAAUAUUUUUGUAACCAUCUUUGUGAUAUGGCCAGUCUUGCUAACUUUAGUGGUGCUUAAAAGUAGUGAAUGCUAGAUUUGUAAUUUUCAUUUUUUAAAAAACAAAAUGUUGUUUUUAUUAAAUGAAAGUGAAUGCUUUAUAGAAAGUGUACCUCUUAAUAGUAUUUUAAAAGUUUAAGAUACAGAAAAUUCAUGAUGUGUGAAUGUAUAUUCAUUGGUGUGUAUUUAUAUUGUAUGACUGAGGUCAUUAUUUUCAAAACACAUCUGUACUGCACUAUAUGUUUUUUUUUCUUCAAACUUGACUGCUUCAUUGAAAACUUGCUUGAGAAUUUUGUUUUGCAUUCCCUUACAACAAUGGGCAGCAAUUAGUCAGGAGACACCACAUCACAUUUAUCACUGGUGUGGCCUGAUAAUUAUUGUAGAUUUAUCAUAUCCACAGAAAACUACAAACUAUCGUGGACAGAGGCACCAAUUCAUUGAUGAAAUACUCCUGUGUUGAAAAUGUGCUGUUAUAAUGUGCUUGCACAGGUUAUUAGUUCAAUGGAUUAUACAGAUCAUUUUUAAAGCACCAGGUAACACAGACUUUUGUUUUAAGAUCGCAAAAUUUAUGCAGAAAUUAAGAAAUAAUUUCUAGUCACUUAGCCUUUAUUUAGAAAUCGUGAUGUCAAGUUAAAAUUAUUUUUUUCCUCCCUUCUUACUAUUCUGAGAUAUGAGGAAGAAAGAAAGUAUUGUGAACAGAUGCAUGUGAUCUUGUUACUAUUUUGAACAAAUUUGUGGUUGUGUUUCAUAUGUUUGUAAAAUAUUUUCACUUUAUAUAUUUGUAUAUUCGUUCAAAAAUGGAGUGAUGUUUUUUAUUAUGUUUACCAUAGUCACCUUUACAUAAAUUUGUCCUGAUGUUUCCCACAUACAUGUUAUUAAAACUUUUUAUGAUAUAUUGAUUCAGAAAUAAAUUUAAUUGUUAAGGAUACUCUUCAAGAUCAUUUAUAAACAUUUACAAAUUUUUAUUGACUUAAAAUGGCAUCUGCAAUAUCUUAAUGAAAUCUCUCUUUUAUGGUACAUAUACUAUGAAGUAUUAUAUCAAAACAUGAAAAAUGAAAAGUGGAAGUUUCACAAAUUCCUUUUUUUUUCCCCCAUGCAUGAAAUAAUACAAUGAUGAAAUUUUUUUUCAAUUUUCACACUAUGAAAUUUGAUGGUUUUGUAUAAUUUUAUUACAGUUUAGAUAUUGCAUGAUUCCAAUACUUCACUUUUCAGAC